CUAACCUCAGCAAUCGUGUGACAGAUCGUCGGUGCGACUGCGAUUGCGUUGGCCGAAAGGAGUGUCCAAAACGAAACGGAAGCCACGGACAGCGGCCGCGAUCCUGCGACCACCACACGCCCGAGGCUCCUGAAUAGUGGCCUCGCGGUAAAAUAAGUCCAGCCGAUCUUGUGAGCCGGGAAGAUCCGUUUAUUAUAUAGGGCGCUCGGCCAUUUUGGACCACGGCGACCAGCUGUUUCUUCCUGGCUCUUUAAAAUUUGUGAUGUGACUGAAGAAGAAGAACAAAGAAAGCAAGGAUGACGGACUCGAAGAACCAUGGUACCGAGCCCGAGAUGAAGGGCUGGCUCUUCAAGUGGACCAACUACCUGAAGGGCUACCAACGCCGUUGGUUCGUUCUGCAGAAUGGCACGCUCUCCUAUUACAGGGCGGAACAUUCCUCCUCAUCAGGGCCGACUAACAGACUCUCAAUGAGGAGGCGCCGCAGAUUGAGUAGAGCUGCAACUGUAGACGUCGAGAACCAGGCGGAGAUGGUGCACACUUGCCGAGGAACAAUCAGUCUGCACGGAGCAAUCAUUCAUACCGAGGACUCAUGCACCUUUGUAAUAUCCAACGGAAGUACCCAGACCUUCCACAUCAAGGCAGCUAACGAGGUUGAACGACAACGCUGGGUUACCACCCUCGAGUUGGCCAAAGCCAAAGCCAUUCGAGCAAUGGAGUCAGAGGAAGAGGAAGAGUAUGAAAGCAACAAUGCCGUCUCAGAGAAGGAGGAGCUGCUGACAGUGCUGAAAACGCUUACGAGCAGACUUGAGGAUAUGCAGACGUGCAGCGACCUAAUGGCCAAACACGGUGCCGCCCUGCAACGCGCCCUUUCUGAAUUAGAGACCUCAGAAGGCUCCGAGGCCGCGUCUGCCGGCACGAAAUUGAAAGCUAUCGGUGAAAAGGCCACUCUCUUCAGAAUUGCGUCCAACGCGAUGAUCAACACUUGCUCUGAGUACCUGGACACCGCGCAGGCUCAGGGCAAGCGGUGGCAGCGACUGCUGCAGCAUGAGCGAGAACAGCGCCAGCAGUUGGAAGAGAUGGUCGAAACACUGGCCAGGCAACAUUCGAGUCUCGAGCAGGCGGCAAAAGAGGCAAACUCAAGCCGCACGCAACCCGGCAACCCGGGACUGCAAAAUCAAGUGCCCAAUACCACUAGCAAUCCUCCCCAGAGUAGAAAUCCAAACCUGUCGCCAUCCGACGAGGACGAGGAAAAUGAGUUUUAUGAUGCGAUGGAAGACACAGUACAGCCCAAUUUCAUUCUCAAAAUACCUCUAGGACAUAGAAGGCCCUCCUCGGCAGGUUCUCAGAACUCGGAGGGCCACGGAAUCAGUGGGGACAAUCACGACGAAGGCUCUGGAUCGAGCUCCGAGGUAGACGAGGCCGGGGAAACGACCGUGUGUGUCAUUACUAGUGAUAAGACGAACACUUCGUCAUCUAGCGGUGGUCAGAGUCAAAGUGGUCUCAAAGGCUCUGAGGAAGUGCCAGACAGCGCGCCAAGCACACCGACCUCUCUGGUCCAGAAAAUGGGUAGCCAAACGCCAAAGAGAAUACGCCGUACCAGAGUGCCUGAAAAACCCAAUUACCCACUGAACUUGUGGAGCAUCAUGAAAAAUUGCAUCGGGAAAGAGCUCACCAAAAUCCCAAUGCCUGUGAAUUUUUCGGAACCUUUGUCAAUGCUGCAGCGACUUGCCGAGGACUACGAAUAUGCCGACAUUCUGCACAAGGCGGCCAAGUGCACAGACUCUUGCGAGCAGCUGGCCAUGGUUGCUGCGUUCACAGUGUCCAGCUAUGCCACCACAAGUUGCCGCACGGGAAAGCCUUUCAACCCUCUGCUCGGGGAGACCUACGAGUGUGACAGAAUGGCUGAUCUUGGAUGGCGCUCUAUCGCUGAGCAAGUGUCUCACCAUCCACCCAUGGUGGCCCAGUACUGCGAAGGCUUUGGUUGGCGUUGCUGGCAAGAGUUCACCAUGGCCUCAAAAUUUCGUGGCAAAUACCUGCAGGUCGUGCCACUGGGCACAGCUCACCUUGAGUUCCUCAAUUCAGGCAAUCAUUACACAUGGAGAAAAGUAACAACAACUGUUCACAACAUCAUAGUUGGCAAACUGUGGGUGGACCAGCAUGGCGACAUGGACAUUGUGAACCACAAGACUGGCGACAAAUGUCAUCUCAAGUAUAUUCCUUAUAGUUACUUUACUAGAGACGUUCAGCGAAAGGUGAAAGGCUGUGUUAUGGACAAAAAUGGCAGUGUCAAAUGGGUCGUGCAAGGUACCUGGGACAACAAAAUUGAAAUAGCAGAGGUUAUAAGUUCUCAAGGAAAUUCAGAAAAUCCAGUUUUCAAGACAGGUCCUUAUAAGGUCGCUUGGAAACGAAGAGCUCUGGCGUCUGAUGCUGAGAAAUAUUACAAUUUCACUGAACUUGCCUGUCAGUUGAAUGAACCUGAAGAAGGGGUGGCCCCAACAGACAGUCGUCUGAGACCUGAUCAACGCAUGAUGGAAGAUGGUCAAUGGGAUGAGGCCAAUUCCGUGAAGCUGCGGCUGGAGGAAAAACAGCGGACCGUUCGAAGGCAGCGGGAGGCAGAACAGGAAAAAGCUGCAGCUGAUGAUACUGAAAGUCCAAGUCGGCCUUACCCUGGUUACGAACCUGUUUGGUUCAAACAAGAAACAGAGAAAUCAACAGGAGUAGUUGGGUACAUGUACCAAGGCAAUUACUGGGAAAGCAAGGAAAAGCAAGACUGGUCAAUGUGCCCAAAUAUUUACUGAACCAGCAGAAGCCAUCAUCAAGAUCAAAGCCAGCUUUUUAUGUUUACGAUAGAGGAUAACGUGUCUAUUUUUGUCUUGAACACUUUUUUAGAAUGCGUGUUAACCAACGUCUUGAAUCGAUUUGGCAGUAACUUAUUUUUUACCUAAAAAAUUCAUUGGGCUUUUCCUGCCAUCAAGAACAAGCAUUGUGAGUAACCUAUACCCUUCAACUGUCAAAUAAUAACCCGCAACAACUUUAAAGUAGAUGCAUCGCGCUCUCGAGUAGAGAGGAAAAAGUUGUGCAAUACUUACUAACUAGAACUUGAAUAUUGACUAUUGGUUCUAUCAUAAUUAUUUUUCAAAGUUUAUGGUCCGUUGUUAUGUAGUUUCACAUUUUAAUUGUUGCUCUUUCUAUUAGUGGGAUAAUAUGUAAAUAAGAGAACAGUGCAGUUGCGUCUUGACAGAAAAUGAUGAGUUACUUCCAGUGUGAUAAAUUUGAGAUCAUGACAUAAAAUGCGUAUAAAUAUAUAUUGUGUAAGGCAAAUGCAAGCUUGACCCCACUUGAAUAUCAACUGUACUUACUAUGCUUUCAAUCUGUACAAACAAUUGCCGCUUUAGAUUUGCAUUCAACUCUCAGUUAGAGACCGCAACACCUAUAUAAGAUAAUUACGCGCAGUCCCAUUAACAAAAGUGAGAAAAUGUAAACCAAGUAUUACAAAGGAAGACUUUGAAAAGCGCCGCCUUUCUACUGUACCAUAAAGUUACUUAGUCAAAAUCUGAAGAACACCUACGCCACCUAUACAUUCAAAUCGUUUAAAACUUUGUCAUCAUUGUACCAUGCUGUUAUUUUGGAACCUAGUGGACCCUGAAAAAGUGAGUUAUUGCCAUUACAACAAGUUAUCUGUUGCCACUAUUAAUAAAAAAGUAUAACAGA